UGAGUGCCUGAGAAUGAAAAUAAUUAUCUAAAUUACCCAGUUGAAAUAACGAAAUGGAAAAUAAUGACGAUCCCAAUAAGGACAAGAAGUUUGUGAACAAAGCUAAGUCUUGUAAUAGUGGACCCUCGGCUGCGUCGAGGCUCAAAAGUGAGGCGGUGAAGCGCAAGUCUUUGUACGUGAACGACGCUGUCCGUUCGCUGGACCUAGCACUGGGUAGACUCAAGAAAAGCAAACUCGUCAGUGGAGAGUACAGCACCAGCUCCCAAACUAAUUCAGAUUCUACAAGGCAAGGAGCCAUUGAAAUGUUCAUGGAUGCCAGUAGAAGUUUUAAUUUUAACCAAAGCCUGGAGAACGCAUCGCUCAUGUCGAUGAACUUUUCUCAUUAUGAAUUGAUGCGCAAUUUGUCCGAGUCAAAUUGCAACUCUGAUGGAGCUUUCAGCGGUACCACGAACAACAGGUACAUGAGCCCUACAGAUUUGUCUGUAAAGGAUGAGCAUUUGGAGAAGUAUUUUCGAAGCGUUGAGAUGUGGAGCAGACACCGCAAGGGCGGUGGUCCGAGCAACGUACACUUUGAAUUGCCCGAGAAGUAGCGUCUGUGCAAUGUGUUGAAAUAAAACUUCAAGAUGAACGAUUAUGUAAAUUUCAAAAUUUUAUUUAUUCAAAGAAACUUUACAAUAAUAACAGAAUAAUCUCAGAAUUUACAAAUGAAACGUACCGAUCUAUACAACACUGUAACUCUUAAACGAGACGAUAAGAUUUAUAACACUGAUUAACAAUAGGUAACGUAGAUUUUAGAUGCAUUUUCUAGGGCCAUCGAAGAGCGCGACAACGAAUGCAAUAGUUCUAAACAUCUUUCAUUCAUUGUCCCUAUUUAUUUGCUCGAUAGUUUUGAAUUUAAUAACCAUAUUAAUACUUAACAAUUAACUUAAUGGGAUAUCAUCAAAGAUAAAACCAUACGAUUGUGUCAAGGUCAAUAUUGAUGAAUGAGAAACUCAAGAUUGUUUUGAGGUUGAUGUUUAGAAUAUUGUGUUCGUUGUCGCGCGAAUCACCAAUCUAACCGCUAAGGGAGCCAUCCGCGGCACUCUACAGUACGGAGGCGGACACUACUCUGCACGAGACUGCACUCGACGUAACGUGUACCAACGUCUAACACUCAUGAAAAUAAACUUGAAAAUUCAGAACAAAAGGCUUUAGUAUUUGUAUUGAACCUGACUACUACUGUAGAUCUAGUAGAUUCACUCUAGACAAGUUUAUUAGUAAGGAAGAAUUUUAGCCAAGACAAAUAAUAUCGCAAUAAGUCUGAAAAUAUUACCCUGAUGAUAGGUCGAGUACAGUCUAGAAUAAUUUGCAGGGGAUCCUAAGAACACAGCAUUUACUGAUUCACAUUUAUACCACAUCCAUUGAAUUUGGACAAACUAGGACGAGAAUCUAAAUAUAUUUAUUACAGUUUUCGGAGGAGACAACAGUUAAAUUAACAUUACGUAGCUGAUCAGAGUUGGAAUAUGAAAUAAUUGACAUAGUUCAUCACAAAUAGUUCCUACAUUCCUGCUUCAAGAAUAAGACGAUGUACGGAAGCUUUCGCUAUAACUGGAAGACUAAAGGACUAUCAAUUUACGGAAGAAAGAUAGGAGAGAAGCGGCGUGCAAACAAUUGAUUAGAACCAUCGUCGUGCUAAUUCAACAACAACCCGGUAUACUACCUUGUUUUUUAAAAACACUAUACACGAUUUUUUAAAAUUUUGUUAAAUUGGUGUUAUCCGCUGAAAAUUUCACAUUUAGAAAUCCCACUUAAGUUAAAAAGAAUUCUUAUUUUAAGAUCUAGCUUCGCCUUGCGUUGCCUUUAGCGUAGCAGGCGCAGGCGCCGCCGGGCGCGGUCUCCGGCCGCAGCGAGUCGUAUGAUAUCCUUGUAUAACUAGAGAACAAUCGCUAAAGAAAUCAAUACAUACAACAUGAUGUAAAAUUUAAAGCACCCGGUUUCCGAACUCUCUCGUUAUUUAUCUAACUAUAAAAUCUCAUAUGUUGUGUGAUGUACACGUAGCCCGUAUUAUAUUGUCUAUGUUUGUUUCAUAACUCCUGGAAAACAAAGCAAUAUUGUUACAUUUACAAUGGAAGAAUUUCAAAAUAUCUAAAUUAACGUUAAUCUUAUUAUUAAUUAAUUUAAUAAUUACAACGAAUUCGAUUUGACUAGGCCCUACGUAGUUUCAGAUGGAGAUAUUAAUAAUUAUCCCAUUAUAAUUUAUUAAUCCAAUAUCGUUAAAAUUAUGCAAUAGAAGAAUCACAGCAUCCUUAGACCAUAACGGCAAUUGAAAUUAAUCUCAUCGACGUAUCGUAGGUAUUUAAUUAGUACAAUGAUUGUAAAAUUUAGACCAAAUUGGCAGUCUUCACAAACAUGGAAUGUGCGAUAUGCGUCUAUGCAGGUAUCCGAUAACACUUAACAAAUAUCGGCAAACGAUUAUUUCUAUACAACAACAAUGAAUUAUCUAGUUACAGUUCGGUGAAAUCAACAACAAUGGGUAACCCGUACUAGCCAACAAGCCUCACUGCAUCAACGUCAGUCGCUUCUAGAGACGUAUUUACUUAAGUAUCUUAAUCUGUACCAAUCGCAUACGAUUUGUGCGAUUAUGCAUGCAAAAUUUAAUUUUAAUACUUCAAUAAUACGUCUUUAGGCUCCUUGCCUAUCUGAUCUUCAUUAAGUUAAGGCUUUAGUGUUUCUUCGAUAAUAUUAUUUUCACGCAACUCGACGCAGUAGCUUUCCACCCUUUGACUUGAUACAAGUCAAAUAUUUAUUAUGUUCAAAAGUUCCAACGAGAUAUUUAAUUUUCCAAUUUCAAUAGUUUACAUACUAACUUGGUGACUGCCUACGUUCGCUGAAAUAUCUAUCAGAAAGGCAAAUUUUCUAGCUCAAUUAAAAACUAUUUUGUACAAGCUUAUUACUCAAAAUAUAUCAGUUUUGAGUCCUACAG